GGCAGGAGUCGCACGGCAAAAAGAAACAUGAACAAACAAAAAUGUAUCACAAGUGACCAACGAGAAACACUCCGGAGAUGUAGCUGGCUUGAAAUGAUGAAGAUUCGAAUAAAAAGGUUCGCCUGUGAAGAUUUGAUGAAGCACAUGUUCCAGUAGCUUUGUCGCCAAAUUUCAAACAAUGCCAAGAAAACUGAACUUACAUGCUGAAGUGUGUGUUGACAUAUCCUUACAGAAUGGUAAAACACCUGCAGAUGGCAAAGGAGAAAGAUAUCGUAGUCGUAAAAAAAGAAAAGCUUUGUCGAAUCAUGAUAAUGACAAUGAACUGAAUGGAGAUAUUAAGAAAGAGAAAGAUAUGGAUGCCUUUACAAAACUAGUUAAUGGAACUCACGGUCAUGAGAGAUUGGUGAAUGGAGUUGAAGCAUGUGAUACAAAACAGUCAGAAACUGUUGAUGAGGAUGUAAAUAACACACUGGACAAUAAUCAAGACACAAAUGAAAAUAACACAGUGAACAAGAAGCAAAAGACGAAGUGUUCAAACAGUACAGGUGAUGAUUUGUUGAAACAUGUUGAUGCUGAAAAUGAGAAAGAUGUGAACGUUUCCUCGGGGGAUGUUGACCUGACUAAAAUUAAGCAAGAAAUUCUGUCUGAUUGUGAGUAUGAAGUGAACGGCUUUGAUUUGGAGCAGAUAAAAACUGAUGUUGAAGGGAACAUUAAGCAGGAGGCUGGUGUUGAAGAGAAUUUGAUUGACACUUCUUUGGAAGAUAUAUAUAAGAAGUAUGUUAGUAUGUAUUACAACACGGGUAACCCUAAUCCACUGCACUUCCCUGGUGCUUUCCAAGGAAGUAGCAGUAAAUCAUGGACAGGGAGUAGCAGACUUUCUAAGUGCAAGGUCUGCAAGAAAGUCUUUCCAUGUGCUAGCUCUUUAGCAAGACAUUCUGUGAUACACAGAAAUAGAAAGCAUUUUCCCAAACCAAGAAUAUCACUGCUUCGUCCAAUAAAGCACGAACAUGCCGGCCAUAUUUCUAAAGGACUCUUCGAGUGUGAUAUAUGUGGAUCUUCAUUCCCUCACAACAGUGCAUUGAUGAGACACAGAAAGAUACACACUGGAGAGAGACCUCACAAUUGUUCUAUAUGUGGUAAAGGAUUCAUUGAAGCUGGCUCGCUUGCCCGCCAUGUGCGAACACAUACAGGUGAAAAACCAUACGCCUGUGAUAUUUGCGGUAAGGAGUUUACCGAAUCGUUUGCCGUAGUGCGACACAAACGGACCCACACGGGUGAGAAACCUUACAGGUGUUUGCUGUGUGGGAAGGAGUUUGUUGACUCCGGGGCACUGACCAGGCACAUGAGAAUCCACACUGGGGAGAAACCGUACAAGUGCGAUCACUGUGACCGUGCUUUCGCUGCUUCGCGAUCACUCGUGCGACACCUGCGCACCCACACUGGCGAAAAACCUUACCCAUGUACGUACUGCGGAAAGCUGUUUCGCGAGUCGAGUGCGGUUAUCAGACACACGCGCAUUCACACCGGGCAGAAGCCAUACCAGUGCUACAUGUGUGGGAAAGAGUUUGUCGAAUCGGGGGCUUUGAAACGACAUUGGAGAGUUCACACAGGCGAGAAAACUCACUCAUGUGCAGAGUGUGGAAAGUUCUUCAGCUCGUACAGGUCCUUGUUCAGGCAUAGAAGAAUUCACACUGGAGAACGUCCCUAUAAAUGUGAGUUUUGUAACAAAGCUUUUGCCGAAUCGGGGGCUCUUGUCCGACAUGUUCGCAUUCAUACGGGUGAGAAACCUUAUAGCUGUCACCUUUGUGAUAAAACAUUUGUGGAGUCAGGUGCUCUGUCUAGACACAUCAAGAUCCAUAUGGGGGACAAGAAAUUUACCUGUGACUUGUGUGGACGUUCGUUUAUCGAUAACAAUGCCCUGGAGAAACAUGUUCGAUCUCACACUGACAUUAAGCCAUAUCCGUGUGACAUAUGUGGCAAAUGUUUCCCUGAACUGCGUUCGCUAACACGCCACAGCAGAACCCACUCUGGCGUGAAACCCCACAAAUGUGAUAUGUGUGACAAAGUGUUCUCUGAGAGUGGUGCUCUUAAGCGACAUAUCCGGACACAUACGGGAGAAAAACCUUUUCCCUGUGGCGACUGCGGAAAGUGCUUCAUUGACUCUGGAUCGCUUGCCAGACAUGACAAGAUCCACACUGGACUAAAACCACACUCGUGUCAAAUCUGCAAUAAGUCUUUUAGCGAAACCACGUCUCUCAAGCGACAUGAGCUCAUCCACACGGGAGUGAAACCCUACAAGUGUGAAACUUGUGGGAAGGAAUUCUCCGAAUCUGGUACACUGACGAGACACAUGAAGGUUCAUACGGGAGAAAAACCAUAUAAAUGUGAUAUAUGUGGGAAGGAGUUUGCUGAAAGUGCAUACCUAGUCCGACAUGUUAGAACCCAUACUGGAGAGAAACCGUACAGGUGUGGGACUUGUGACAAGGCAUUCUCUGAAUCAGGAGCACUUGCUAGACACGAAAAGAUUCAUAGCACCGAGAAAGAAAAAGUGUCUUUUCAGUGUGAUGAAUGUGAUAAAGAUUUCACCACCAUAACAAUGCUGCAGAGACAUGCAAAAAUGCACAAGGAGGAAAUGACAUGCACCAUGUGUGGAAAAAAGUUUUCUACAGCAGAGCAGCUGGAAGAUCACAAAGAAAUCCAUUCUGGUACCAAACUCUACAAAUGUUUGGUCUGCAGUAAGGAAUUUGAUCUGUGGAACUCGUUAGAACGGCAUUUAAGAAUUCAUUCAGGUGAAAAGCCAUAUGAAUGCACUUUCUGUGGCAAAGCUUUCGUCGACUCUGGCGCACUGAAGAGGCAUGUCAGAACACAUACGGGUGAGAAACCAUACUGCUGUGACAUCUGUGGAAAGGGAUUUGUCGAUUCGGGAGCCGUGUCCAGACACAAGAAGAUUCACACGGGCGUCAAACCUCACCGCUGUGCCCUGUGCGGGAAGGGCUUCACCGAGGCCUGCUCCCUUACCAGGCACGAGCGCAUCCACGAGGGUCUCAAGCCGCACAAGUGUGAGCAGUGUGGAAAGGAUUUUGGAGAGUACCGGUCACUGGUGAGGCACAUCCGCACACAUACAGGCGAAAAACCUUACAAAUGUGACACGUGUGGGAAGGAGUUCGCAGAGAGUGGCUCCCUCGUGAGACACAACAGAACGCAUACUGGUGAGAAACCUUACAGCUGUGUCGUGUGUGGUAAGAACUUCAGAGAAUCUGGAGGUCUGACCAGGCAUGUCAAGACUCACACGCAGGGUUUUGUGAAGGAAGAGGACACGCAGGAUGGUAGUGAUGAUAACGAAGAGUCAAUAUCUUGGCCUGAGAUGGAAGGAGUGUUUCCUCUACCUGGUGAGAUACAAAACACUUCUGAGGACAGUCGGUCAGCCGAUUCCGAGACGAACACCGGUGACGAUGCUGGUCACUCGUCUCGGAAUGGUCAAGCCCAUGAUAUUAAGGCUAACUGUAGCAGGCCGACAAUGUACUUAAAUCCAGGAUCAGGGGACGAUGGAGAAAUCAGUAUUAUAAACCACAAGUAUAUUGAUGAAGAAUGUGAUGGAGAUAAUAGUGAUGAAACUAGUGAUGAUGACUGCAAAGUCUAUUUCCAGCCAAAGAAAACUUACAGCAGUGGAGGACAGCCUUUUCAGUGUGGUGAAUGUGGAAUUGCAUUUUUUGAUUCCUUAAUGCUUGAUACACACUUAAAAACACAUACAGAUGAAAGUGUUAACUAACAAUUGUUACGGUACAUCUUGGUCAAUACAUGUCCUAACUGAAAUCAUGAAAUGGUAUAGUUUAAAAUGUUAAUUAAUAACUAUAUUUUUGUUGAAUACUUGUCAUAACUGCAAUGAUAUAGCAUAAUAUGCAGCAUAAUAUUCAAGUUUUGUGUUCUUCAUUUUCAUUUAUAUUUUACUGUGAGUAAUGAAACAAACAUUUUUUUCUAAUUAAUAACAAGAACAACAUGGCAAACAUGUCAUGGCACAACUUAAAUUGUUCACAUAAUUUUUGUUCAGUUGUGUUCACAUUGAUUUUGAUCUGUCUUUGAAAAACUAAAUUUGUAGUUAUUUAAAAAAAAGAAAGUGUUUUGAUCAUUUUGGCUGAAAAAUAAAACAAUCUUUAUAAUUCAGGUAAUGUUUACAGAUACUUUGAUGGCUUAGUUUGCCUAAGGUUGCCGGGCUGCCCAGACCUAGAGUUUAAAUCAGAUACCAGUAUAUUAAGAAUUUGUUGCAUAAUUGUUGCAUCUUAAAGUGAAGUUUUGGAGCAGCUUUGGUUUUAUGUGUUAAUUUGUAUAGAAAUUCCUUCUAACAUGCAUAUUCUAUUCCUUGAUGACUAGAAAUAAUAUUUUCUUAGCUGUAAUUUUAAAGAGAAAGUCCUGAGUGUACUCCCAUUGUAACGUAUUUCUGACUAAGACAAGCAUUUUAACAAUUAUAAUUACACAUCACUUACAAUUUUGUUUUGGUUUAGAAUACCAGUAUCUAUAUUUAUUAAAUAUUAUUUUGUG